CAAUGGUCUUAAAUUCCACUCUCUUUUUUACUUUUCAAACUUUCUCGGCAACCAAACAGCUUCAAGAGGUAUUGACGACAAGCUCUGAUUAGCACCUUUUCUUUUCUUUUUCUUAUUUAGUUAGAUUCAGUGUCACAAAUGAAGUAAAAAGACCCUUUUUUCUAUUUUUUGGGUUCGAAAUUUACGGGGUCUGCUACAUAUGCCAAGCUUAGAGACAAGAAUUUGAUUUCUUACAAGCUUGUUUUGAAUGUCUACCAUGGACUUCAAUAUCGGGAUUGAAGAUGUUGGAGUCGCGAUAUUACAAGAGCUUUGGAACAGGGUAACACUUCAAGCGGUAGAGCUGGCUAAAGAAACAAGAGAUGUCGUGAUCGAGAAGGAUAGUUUUCGAGAGUUUUCGAGGAGUAUAACGGAGCUGGAUGUGCUUUUGAAGGCGUUGAAUGUUCGAACAAUUGAGGCUGCGAUGGGUACGGAGUCUACGAAAGUGGCGUUGGAGAAGUUGAAUGAUAAACUACAGAGAGCUCGUAAGAUCAUUAAGAAUUAUAAGGCCGGAAGUCGUCUUCGGUUCUUGCUUCACUCACAUUCGGUGCUCACGGAGAUGUCGGGUUUGGCCAAAGAUAUUGCUACUACUAUUUCGUCAUUUCAGUUGAGUAAUCUCGAUAUGGCACUGAACUUGAAGAGUAUGAACGAUGAGGUUAUCGAGAAACUGAACUCAAUGGAGUUUAGUGUGGCGGCAGCGACCGAAAAGAUUGCUUUGGAGAUAGAGAAUUCAGUGUCCCAAAGUAGUGGAAACCGAGAGAAUGCUGUAAAGCUUCUGGAGAAGAUCGCGGAAGCUGUUGGUGCCGAUGCGAAUGCGUCGUUGGUACAAACAGAAUUGGCAUUUUUGAAACAGGAAAAAGAAGAGAUGGAAGUUCAAAAGAAACAAGCCGAGGCACUUCAGCUGUCGCAGUUGAUGCAGUUGUUGCAUAGCACCGAAAUUGUUCCGAGUCCACGAAAUGAGGAGGCCUCAACAUAUCAUAAGCAAUACCCUAUUGGUUCCUUCAUAUGCCCCUUGUGCAAGGAGAUUAUGGUUGACCCAGUUGCAGUUUUUUGUGGCCAUAGCUUCGAAAGGAACGCGAUACAGGAAUACUUCGAGAGUGGAAACAAAAAUUGCCCGACUUGCAAAGAAGAGCUUCGAAGUUUGGAGUUAACUCCAAAUGUUAACCUCCGGAGCUCGAUCGAAGAGUGGAAGAAAAAUGAUAUGGACUGGAGAUUCCAAGCAGCAGUUUCCGGAAUCAAUUCCGAUGACCAUAUUAGGAAAAACCAAGCCUUGGACGAUAUGCAGGUUCUGGUGGAAAUCUCUCAAUAUGCAGUGAGAGCUGCAGAGGAGGGGCUUAUCCCGAAGUUCGUCGAGUCAUUAAAAGACACCACACUCAACACCAUGGCAGCAGUGAAAUGCCUUUAUUGCUUAGCUACAUAUUGUGAUGACCGUAAGCGAGAAAUCAUUGAAGCGGGAGCUGUUCGCCGAAUUGUGAAGCGGAUCUAUAACGGUGAAACGGAACCGAACACGAUUGCCAUCUUGUUGGAACUGUCUAAAACCGAAGCUUUCGUAGAGAAAAUAGGGAAUACCAAAGAUUGUAUUCCCCUCCUGGUUUAUUUGGUCGGUAACUCCAACCCAGAAAUCGCCCUGAAAGCUCAAGACGUAUUGCGGAAUCUUUCAUCCAACACACACUUUGUUGUGAAGAUGGCCGAAUCCGGGUUCUUUCAGUCAUUUGUCGCUCGGUUCAACCAAGCGGUCGGACACCAAGAGACUCGAGCAUUGAUGGCGUCGGCAUUGAUAGAGAUGCAACUCAAAGAAAACAGCAUAAAUGACUUGAAAGACAAACAAUUUGUUCACAAUCUAGUUCACAUGCUAGCCGCUAACGCCCCGGCAUGUAAAUCUGCUUGCAUCAAAUGUGUCAAGAAGCUGAUACAAUAUCCAAAGAUGGUAAAGCGGUUCCUAUCGGACCCAGCAACUAUACCGCUCGUGCUUAAUGUCAUCUCGUUCAGGUCGGAUCCUAUCCUUAAACAAGAAGCUGCCGAGAUUCUAGCUCUGCUGGUACAAGCUUGUAAGCAACCGCAAUUUCAGAUAUAUCAGGGGCUGCAGGAGCUGCAAUCCGAGCAUAGCGUCAGUCUCUUUUUGCAGCUCGUAGAAAAAUCUGAGCGUGAAUUCAAGAUUCAGUUCUUACACCUGCUGAUUGAGCUUAGCAAUAAGUCAAAGACGGCUCAAAAUCUUAUUCGAGAUAAUGUGGAUGCUGUCACUCACCUUUUCUCUUGCCUCGAUAGCAACCAACCUUUAGUUCGAAGAUGGACGAUGAAGCUAAUAUAUUGUGUGUCAGAAGGUGACGGGGUUCCACUCCCACCAUCUCCGGGAAAAGAAACUGCCAUCAACAACUUAGCAUCGAUCCUCAUUUGCUCACCAGAUUUCGAAGAGAGGUCCAUUGCUGCAGGGAUUAUUAGCCAACUUCCGAAAGAUGAUAUAGAUGUUGAUGAAAUACUCUGUAAGACAGAAACAUUGAAAGCCAUUCAUGAAGUGAUUUGCAGUUCGGAUGAAGAAUUCGGUGGGAUCGGAGCACAUAAUAAUCAGGACAAGUCUCUACUUGAAAAUGCUCUAGCAGCACUAUUACGCUUCACGGGAUCCUCAAAGCCUGAACUUCAGAAUCAAGUGGGAAAGCUUGAAUUAUAUCCAGCUUUAGUUCGAGUACUUUCUACAGGCAACUCAUUGGCCAAGCAGCGAACAGCCACUGCUCUCGAACACCUAUCCCGGUCCACCAGCUCGUUGGUCUCCGAAGCAAACAUCAGAGUAAGACAUGAGGACUCGAGGUCACUGUUUAACACAAUAAAUCUCUUCCCUAAUAUGUCUUGGUGCUGCUCGGCUUCAGCAGAAAACAAAAUUUCAUGCCCCGUCCAUGGCAUUGCGUGUUCGCAGAGACAUACAUUCUGCCUUGUCAAGGCCGAUGCCGUAAAGCCCCUACUGCAAACGUUAAGCGACACAAACUCGGGUGUCGCGGAGGCUUCCUUAAAGGCACUCGAAACAUUGCUAGAAGAUCACAGUACCUUGUCACAUGCGACUGCUGCCAUCGUGGAGAGUCAAGGUGUCGAGGCAAUUCUGCAGGUCUUAGAGAAGGGAACCUUAUCUGCCAAAACAAUAGCAUUGGACUUAUUCCACAAGAUCGUAAACCACUCACGAAUUAGCGGACCGUCAUUCCAAAGGUCCGAGGGAAUCCUCAUCCAACUGCUUCACGAGGAUGCAAUUCGGAAGAAAGUAGCUCUAGUGCUUAAGCAAAUGAAAGUUCUCCCUGAACAAUCCUCGUAUUUCUGAAUCAUUUUGUUUAGUGUAAAUAAACAGAGCAUGAUAAACAACAUGAUUUUGAAUGUAGCCUGUUUAUCCGGAACUUGUACAGGGUCGCACUUGAUUCUUACCUGAAUACAACUUGAAACUAAAGCAUAUUCAUUUUUCA